UUCCAAGUUCUAACGGUCAAAACAAUCCGUUAAAAUUUUUAAAUGUCGGCCAACUAACGGUCAUAUUAUUUGAAAAAACUAGCCGUUCUCCAUCCCCGUUUUUACAUCGUCAUCCCGAGAUAUCCUCGAUCCUUCUUUACUUCUUCCGCCGCAGAAAUCUUUCUUUUCCAUCUUCGUAGUUUAACGCCAGCAUUUUUUCCCUUUCUUUCUCUCACUUCGACUCCGCCCUCUUUCUCUCUCUUUCCAUCUCCAGCGUUACAGGUCGUGAAACCAUGGUGAUAUCUUCAAACAGGUCUCCUUCUCCCAUUUCAAAUAGAACUAACACUAACUCAAGGACCCAGGAAAGCAGUUGUGGAGUCAGGAGGAGUUUCGGUGGAAAUUCUUUCGCAAGACCCUCAAUCGUUCCUCAUCAGAGAAGCUUCAAUCCGGCCACUCCGGCUAACAGCCCUGCAGCUACAGAUUUCACGAGAAGGAAUUCGGGUUGCAGGGAAGGACUAACGUCUCCCCGAGUUUCCUACGAGCAAAAAGAGAAUGAAGAAGAUCAUAACUUUAAGCUGGUGAAGGCAAGGUCGCCAUCGGUUUCAAAGGGAUCAAAGAAUUUCAUGGCUCCGACCAUUUCUGCAUCUUUUAAGGUGAACCCAUCGCCGAGAAAGAAAGUGUUGACUGAGAGAAACGAAGCUGUUAGAACUUCCACCUUGUUCUCUGAUGGAAAAUCCCCUCUUACUUGCAUGGAUCUAUCGGAAUCUACGGAAGAGACUGGUACGAAGUCGGAAGCAAUUUUUCAUUCUCAGGUACGUUUAGAAAGCAAAAGCAAAUCAGAGACGUUAUGUGAACCAGUCAUUGCAGAUUCUGAUUGCAACCUCAUCCUAACUCCUUUGGUUUCUGAACCUCUCAAAAGCACUGCUAAACCACAAGCCAAUAGUUCAUCGAUUCCAGGAAAUCCACCUCCUACCUCAACAAUUAGGUCUCUAGACUUUGCAGCAGGGGAAGAGAUCGGUGUAGAACCAGAUGACCUUCUCGAUUCCCAGGAACCCUUAGAAACCCAGAAAUUUGCUGCAAAGCCUUGUUUGUCCUCCCCUGAUUUAGCUCCUCUUGAUGUUGAUCCGUCUCUUCCUCCUUACGAUCCCAAAACCAACUAUCUUUCCCCAAGACCUCAAUUUCUUCAUUAUAGACCUAAUCCUCGGAUUGAGGUUUACCUGAAAAAAGAAAGAGAGAUGGAACAGAGUGAAGGUAAGCGACUCGAAGACGAGUUCACCUCUGAAAGCUGCUCAGAUACUGAAAAUGCUGAAGAAUCCCAAUCCAUAGAUUCGCAAAAGGAAUCUGAUGAUUCUUCUUCACAGAUGGUACCCGAAGAAGAGAAUGAAUUCCAGUCUUGUGAACCUGAAAUCGAGAGCACCCACAAUGAAAAGACCAUCACAACUAACAAAAUAUCUAAGAAUCGUUCCUCAGCGAGAUCCAAAGCUGCUCCUCUUCUUUUGGUUCUUGUAAUUGCUUGUUUGACCUUCUCUGUUACUGAUUCUCCCGUCCUUUCUCCUUCAAUCUUUAAAGGCCAAACCUUCUCUAAGCUUGAUGUCCCGGUUACGGUAUCUGAAUUUGCAAGAGCAAAGUUUGUUGAGAUGACUCAUGAUUUCAGGCUCUGGUCAGUAAGAUCCAUGUCUUAUUUGUCCAAUCUGAUUUCCAUUCCAAUAGAGGAAGAAAUAGGCUCAAUCCAUUUCAUUAACUUAACAUCCUCAGACGAGGAACUCUUUAUUGAUGGGUACCAAGAGGCAGAAUUUAGUUACAAGGGAGUAGACAAACAGCAAGAUCAUACUGGGGCAGAGUCUGUAAUGGAGGGAGAAGUCGAGGAGGUUAUGAAGGAGGAGGAACAAAGUCGUGUGGAAUUUGAAACAGAGGAAAAUAUUGCAGAAGACGGUCAGGUAGUAUCCGAAGAACAAUCUCAACUGAUACCGCAUGCUCCAGAAGAUACACCAGAAAAUACAGAGAAAGAGGAAAUGGAAUGCCAAAACGAUGUAGAAGUUAACAUGGGGAUUGAGGAAAACUCGUCUGUGCUUCCACAAGCUCCAGAGUUAAAACCUGAAACUCCUAAACAGGAGGAAUUCCAGAGCCAGAACAACAUUGAUAUCCUCCCCACCAACAUCGAACCCACGAUCAACAGCUUGGAACUGGAUGAAAGCUCUAUGGGCUUGGAAACAGGAGAUUCUACAUUUCCUCGAUCUGAAUACAAGUUCCCAGUAGGAAAUGUAUUGGGAAUCUCUUCAGUUGUUCUCACUCUGGCUGCAGCUACAGCUUUUCUCUUCCUCAAUCGAAGAAAGGCACCCACCCCAGAGGUUGUUCCAGCUAAACAGUUGCCGAUGAAGAAGUUCAUCUCCAGCUCAGUAUCAGCUAGUAGCGACCAUCCUCCCCAUGGGAGGUCAUAUUCUCGGAAUCGGCCAACAGAAGUUGAGAUGGUUGGGGAGUCAGGCCCAUCAGAGAUGAGUAGCAGUUUUCAAAAGAGUUCAUCUUGCAGCAGCAGCAAAAGGAAGCAGUUGGAGAAAGCUAAUGAAGCCCAAAGCCAAGAAAGAAGACUAAGGAGAGAAUCUUUGGCGUCUUCAUCGGAUUACUCUGCCGGAUCCCUUUCUUAUGGAAGCUUCACAACGUAUGAGAAAAUCACCAACAAACAUGGUCAUGGAGAUGAAGAAAUAGUGACUCCAGUGAGGCGUUCAAGCAGAAUUAGGAAGCAGAUAACUUCUCCAUGAAAAGCAGAAUUAGGGAAGCAGGAUUUUUUUUUUAAUGUUCUUGUCUGUUUCGUUUCAUUGCUCUUUCUUCUGCCUCUGUCUCUCCUCGUGCCAAGAUAUGUUUGGAACGUGGAUGCUACUAACACCACAACGUGUUGUCGUGGGGUGGGUUUGGUUUCUUCAAUUGGUUGUAGGUUGUGACUCUAUGUCUUAACAACCGAUUGAUUGUAAUUUGAAUCCUUAAAUGGAAUGACUUCUAAUUAUUUCGGCUAUUUCUUCA